AUGGAGGUCUACGGGGCGUACGGCGACGGCGUGGCGCGCAUCCGCGAGGCGGUGCUGGAGAACCAGCUGCAAAUGCGGCAGGUGGAGCAGUCGCUGCUGGGCUUCCAGAGGGGGCUCCUGGGCGUGGAGAGGGAGAUGCUGCCGGUCUACAAGCUCACGGAGCAGCUGCGAGGCACGCAGAAGAACAUCGACCUCAGCGUGCAGCAGCUGCGGCAGAUCAACGAGAACUUCGUGGCGGCGCACGAGCUUGCCCCCGUGCUGAUGAACGGCUCCAAGUUCGACCAGGACGAGUACGUGAGGGCUCUGCAGAAGCUGCUGGUUGCUAUCACCUUCCUCGAGGGCCAUCGCUCGUACGAAGGCUCGGUGAAGGCGCUGGACCAAGCCAAAGAGCUGCUCGUGCAAGUGCGACGCAAGUGCAUGGCAGACUUCGUCAGCGUCGUGAGUGAGCUGCUCCGAGAGUAUGGCAAGCAGCGUUUUGAUGUGAUAAGGAUGUUCCUAGGCGAGGACCCCUCCGGAAGCUCCUUGGGGUUUGACUUGACCACUCCGGUCACGGCACUGGUAAGGUGUCUGAAGGACAUUGAAGUGACGAUUGAGGCGGAGAAAGUUUUGGCUGGGCUCAUUUUCUCCAAUGAAGAGCUGGCCAAUGGAGCGUUCCGGUAUUCUGCGCACCAGGUGUUGGAGUCGUGGAAGAAGGACAUCGACUUAUCCCUGCGUUCACCAAAGCAGCUCGACGCUGUUAAGCUAUUACUUAUCCAUGAUUUGUUACUAGCGCGGGUGGACGCGCUUGAGGCAGCAGUCCUGCCGCCGUUACUACUGCGUGACCGCGAAGGAAGAGGACUAGAGGAUCCGUGGGUGCUGUCUAAGGCUAUGAGUGGGAUUAUAACGGACCUCGCAGCGACUGCCAAGCAAAGGCUCUUCACUUUUCACCCUGGCUUGGUCGAGGCCUCGGGAGAUCGAACAGUUACCAGAGACGGCAACGUGCACCCGAUUUCCAGUCACACCCUCAAUUUUCUUCGAAAGGUGUGUGACCAGGCGAAACCACUGAAGGUUUUGCUAGAUAAAGACUCGAACGUGUCUCCUGUUUCAUUCGUUGACACAGUCAUCAUGCAGCUAAUCGAAGCGCUAACAGCAAAGGCGGACCAGCUGAAAGGAAAGGAAUGUCUGAAGCAGCUCUUCCUCGUGAACAACUUCGGUUACGUGACCAAUUCGCUGCCUCAUUGCAUGCAACCCGACGACGCUGACCUGGAAAAACACAUUCACAGCACCAUCAAGCCACGUGUGGAAGCAAUGCGAAAUGAUGCCCUCGGGGCCUUUAUCCAGUUCAGCUACAUAUCUUUCAAGGAGAAUCUAAACGCGCCUACAGAGACGCUGCAGUACGCGAAAGGUGGCAACGUGCUGACCCUGGAGAGCGGAAGACUCCUGAAAGAGAAGUUUUCGAAGUUCAACGAUCAAUUGGAAGAGUUACACAAGACGCAGAGAGCAUACGUGGUCGCUGAGGUCCCCAUCCGCCAGCACCUCGUCCGAACGGCGGUCGACACCAUCAUUCCAGCAUACAAGGCUUUUUACGAAAAAUACUCGGUCAUCCAGUUCUCGAGGAAACACGCUUCCAAGUAUCUAAAGUACACCCCUCAAGCGGCCCAAGGUCUUCUGAAGGAGUUGUUUUCGGGUGAGGCUUCUCCGGGCGACAAGCACAGCGAAGUCAGCUCGUCAUAA